CUGAAAGCACCGAGAGACCUCACAAGGUCUGGCUUAGGUGUACAAAGCGCUGGAGGCGAGAGACAAGAACGAAGACCGGUGCAAUUUCGCAAAUAAUUAACUAAAAAUGCGAAACUUCGUUUUGCUUAUAUUUUCGGUCGUUCUCUUGACAUGUUUUGUCGAGGCCACUGUUUACUUUAAAGAGCAAUUCCUCGAUGGAGAUGCAUGGAAGAGUCGGUGGGUGAACUCCGAGCACAAGUCCGACUAUGGGCAGCUCAAACUUACUUCUGGAAACUUCUAUGGUGAUGCUGAGACAGACAAAGGCCUGCAGACCAGCCAGGACGCUCGCUUCUACGCCACGUCCGCCCGAUUCGAGCCCUUCAGCAAUGAGGGGAAGUCCCUGGUCAUCCAGUUCACAGUCAAACACGAGCAGAAGAUUGACUGUGGUGGCGGCUACAUCAAGCUCUUCCCUGCCGACCUCGACCAGACCAACAUGCAUGGCGACUCACAGUACUACAUUAUGUUCGGGCCAGAUAUUUGUGGCUACAGCACCAAGAAAGUUCACGUCAUCUUCAACUACAAAGGCAAGAACCACCUCAUCAAGAAGGACAUCAAGUGCAAAGACGACGAGCUGACCCACCUGUACACGCUGAUCCUGAAUCCAGACCAGACGUACGAGGUGAAGAUCGACAAUGAGAAGGUGGAGUCUGGUUCCCUGGAGGAGGACUGGGAUUUGCUGCCCCCAAAGAAGAUCAAGGACCCUGAGGCCAAGAAGCCAGAGGACUGGGAUGAUCGUGCUAAGAUCGCCGAUGAGACAGAUACCAAGCCAGAGGACUGGGACAAGCCCGAGAACAUUCCAGAUCCCGACGCCAAGAAGCCUGAAGACUGGGACGAGGACAUGGACGGUGAAUGGGAGCCUCCCAUGAUCCCCAACCCAGAGUACAAGGGAGAAUGGAAGCCCAAGCAGAUUGAUAACCCCAACUACAAAGGUGUGUGGGUGCACCCUGAGAUCGACAACCCUGAGUACAGCGCCGACACACAGAUUUACAAGUAUGACAACAUCGGAGUCCUCGGCCUGGAUCUGUGGCAGGUCAAGUCUGGUACCAUUUUUGACAACUUCCUGAUCACAGAUGAUGUGAAAACAGCAGAGGAGUUUGGAAAUGAGACCUGGGGAGUUACUAAAGGUCCAGAGAAGAAAAUGAAGGAAGAACAAGAUGAAAAGAAACGCAAAGAGGAAGAGGAAAAGAAUAAGGAGCAGGACACGGCGGUGGAGGAGGAUGAUGAUGACGAUGAUGAUGAUGAGGAGGAAGAGGAGGGGGAAGAGGAGACAACUGAGGAGGCAGACUCUGAGGGAGAGGAUGAUGAGUCCCACCCCAAAGAUGAGCUGUAAAGCUCAUGAGUACAUCUGAGAUGCAGUCACCAACUGCUGUAUGGCAGCCAUUUGGGAGGGGGGGGAGGUUUGAUCCUGUUUGGACUGUAACUCUCUUCUGGUUGGUUUGGUUUGUAUGGACAGAAGGGAGAAUAAUGGGUCUGAAACUUAGAAAUCCUAGAAAUAGAUUUUUUUUUUUGGGUUGUUUGGUAGGGGGUGUGAUGAAGAAUUGCCAGAUGGGUGGGUGGGGGGGGUCAUACAUUUUCCUGUUGCCUCAUCAAAAGAGGAAAAACAAAAAAAAUCUAACAAAAACCCCACACACACAAACAGCUACUAAAACCUGUUGGUUACAGCAGGUCCGGUUACUUUGCCCUGCAGCGCUGCCUAACCAUAAGGUAGCACGUGCUUCUUAUUGCAUGAUGGGUAUGCCCUUCAUCAACAAGCAAGUCCUGAAUCUUUUGAAGUUUGACGCUGCAAUAAGUACGUUGACGUUACUGGUUAAAUGCCAGCUCGUAAUGCUCCUGGCCAUGACGUGGCUCACAAAGAGGAAGAAGGAAGAUGAGCUGUCUGCGUUGUGGGUUUUAUGAGCUAUGCAAUGAACGAAUGUUAUUACCCUCCCAGUCACAUGAUUUGAGAUUUGUCACGUUUGAGUUUCAAAUAACAGCUGGAUGUACUGUUGCCAGUAAGUAAUUCCUGCCUUCUGUCAUUUUUCCCUCUUCAAGCACUGACUUUGGGUUGGGGUUUUUUUGUUUUGUUUUUUGUCUCCAACUAAAUUGAGACUCAGUUGUUCCAGUUCUAUUUAUUCAACAUCUGGUGUGUAAAUUGAGUAAAACGUCACACAGACUAUCUGCAAACUCAUCUGUUCAGUGCAUUUUACAUUUUUUUUUAUGUAACUAUGUAUACUGAAUACCAUUUUUUUUCUUCCAAAGGAACUUUGUUUUUUCUUUACACACUGUGAACAUGGUGACCAACAUGCCCAGAAUGGACUUGUCUUGAUUUGAAGUAGCCCUGCUUACAAAUCAGGGUGUGGCUUCCAAAAAAGUGCCUCAGCACAAAGAUUGCGGAAAAAUUUCAGCGCUGGCGUCACUCAGUCCUCUAGCAAAGAGGACUUUUAUGCUACGGUACUCUUAGGAAACGUGGCUCAGUUCUUGUCAGUGCAUUGCAAUUAAUGCUAAAUUUUAAUAAAAGAAUUUAUUAAUGA